GAAUUGAUGGCUUAUAUUACUAUGGUACUACCUUUAUCAAAUCAUAUAGCAUUUUUGCAUUUUCUUUUAUUGAACAACAUAAAAUCUUAGCAUCUUCCUUCUUUAUAUAAUUUAUAGUUUGAGCAUAUUUACNUUAGCAUUCCCAACAACAAUUUCUGUAAAUUAAAUUUGCGGUCAUUAUUCUCCAUUAAAGAGUGAAUCAAGUAAACUCGUUAAGGGUGAUGUAGCCAAAAUGUAAAUGUUAAUAAUAAUGUCAUAGUGAAUUAGGAGUUCAUAUUGAUGGAUAUAUUGCCAUUGCAGCACACACAGUAGUAGUAGGUGAAGAUUAAGUAGAAGGAUAAAAGGCAGAUGUCAUAUUGGCAGCCUAUUAAUCAGUCUAAGCUUUAUUUAGAUCAAUAAAACCAGGAGUCACAAAUACAGCUUUAACUAAAAUUAUUUAAUAAAUAUCAGAUGAUCACAAAUGUACACCAUUAGAGGGUGUUUUAAGUCAUGAAGUUAAGAGACACUUUAUUGAUGGAAAUAAAGUCAUUAUCAAUAGAGAAACACAAGAAUAAAGAGUAGAUGAAGAAGAAAUCUAAGUUAAUGAUGUUAUUGUGUUAGAUGUCUAUAUUACAACAGGAGAUGGAAAAACAAAAGAAGUAUUAAAUCAUUUAAUUAAAUUAGUCUGAAUUAAGAACUACUGUUUACAAAAGAGCUUUGGAUAGAUAAUAUCAAUUAAAGACUAAACAUGGAAGAGCAUUCAUGUAAGAAGUCUAUGAUAAAUACCCAUCUUUAUGUUUCUCAUUAAGAUCAUUUGAAGAUGAAAUUACUGCUAAAUUAGCUGUUUAAGAAUGUGCUAAACAUGAAUUAUUAAACCCAUAUCCAGUUUUAAUCAGUCCAAAUAGUAUUGUAGCAUAAUUCACAAUGACUGUUGCUGUCUUAGCUAAUAGCACACUUUAAGUUUCUGGACUUAAAUUAGAUGAAACCAAAUUUAAACCUGCUCAUGAUCUUAAUGAUGCAACACUUAAAGAGUUAUUGAAAGUAUAUUAUAUAAUUCUAAUUAUUUUAGUUACCCAUGGACAAGGAAUCACAAAAAAAAAGACAUUUAGACUCAAAAUAAAAAGCUUGAUAAUAUAUAUAUCAAUUAAAGUAAUAUAGGU